CAAUCACUGCGCACGCGCUGCAAGGCAGGGCGGGCAGGAGAAGCAACCGAAAAGCGAGAGGCUCUACCGGUACCUGGCAGCCCUGGAGGACCCGGAGCCUGCGGAUCGGCCGGAAGUGCCUGAGGACGAUGAGGAUGAUGAGGAGGCACUGCCGCAUUCUGAAGCCGUGGACGUGUUCCAAGAAGGUCUCGCCAUGGUGGUGCAAGACCCGCUGCUCUGCGACCUUCCGAUCCAGGUCACUCUAGAAGAGGUCAACUCUCAGAUCGCACUGGAAUAUGGCCAAGCAAUGACAGUCCGAGUGUGCAAGAUGGAUGGAGAGGUAAUGCCUGUGGUCGUCGUACAGAAUGCCACGGUCCUGGACCUGAAGAAGGCCAUCCAGAGAUACAUGCAGCUCAAGCAGGAGCGGGAAGGAGGCAUUCAGCACAUCAGCUGGUCGUACGUGUGGCGGACAUACCAUCUGACCUCAGCUGGGGAGAAGCUCACAGAGGACAGGAAGAAGCUCAGAGAUUAUGGUAUCCGGAAUCGAGACGAGGUUUCCUUUAUCAAGAAGCUUAGGCAAAAGUGACCCCCAGACGGAGUGAUCUAACCUUUCCCAGCGAGGUGGCUGCAUCCCUGGGUUGCCCGGAUGGAGCUGUCAGCGUGAGCCCUGGAGUCCUCGGAACGUGGAAGGUCCCUCUGUCCCUCGCUUUUCCUGUGAACUCAGCCUGCAGCCUACAUGCUGGUGGGGCUGGCCUAUGGAAUAAACCUGUUUGCUUUGUAUCUGGGGAAACCAGAAAGCCA